AUGAAUACAAAUGACGAAUCUCAUGAAGAGUUAACUGUACUUGUCAGUGCUAUAUUUAGUAUGAUUUCAUUUAUAAUGUGUACUUUAGCAACAGCAACAUCCGGAUGGCAAAUCGAUAGUUAUCACAAUAAAACAGGUUUAUUUCGGACAUGUUAUAAAGAUAAUUGUAUAAGUGUAAGAGAAAAACAUGAUAUACCAAUAGUAUUUGCUAUUUUUGGUCAAUGUCUUCUUGUAUUGGGUAUCAUUAGUUCAUUUAUUAAUGUAUUUAUUUAUCGGCGUCGAAUGGCUUUAAUAGUAAUUACCAUUCUAUUCUUACUUGCCUCUUUAUUUUUAUGGAUAACAGUUUUAACAAUAAACUUGUAUUUAUUUAUGAAUGGUGGUAGUGCUAUUGUUUUUAAUGCUGCUAUAGUUUUUUCAUUAUUAACUACAUUUACAGCAUCGUACGCACUAGGUAUAUCUUUUGCAUUACGUCAUAAUCAUAUUCAUCCUAGACUACCUAUUGUACCUAUGAAAUACAAUCAAAUAAUGAUUUAA